CGUGUGAAUGGUGUAUUCGUAGCGCUUUGACGACAGUACCCCAGAGAAAUGGACAAUGUGGAUUACAUCCAAGCAAAUAAUAUGAAGCAUGUCUGCACUGAAUCGGUCUCAAUAUUGAGCAUUUACGCCCGAGUGUUCACACAACAUGCAAGGGAAAGUGUGUCACUGACCGGCCUUGGAGCUGUACAAAAGGAAAGAUAUUUUCAGAUAUUAUCCAUACCAUCAUCUGGGACAAAGAUGCGAAAUGUUUCUCAUUCGUGAAAGCGUUUAACCGGAAACGGGGCAAAGAACAUCAUGCUAAAGUUUGUCAGACAAGGAGAGUCGGGCCGCGGAUCCAGUGACGAAUGGACCGCGGUGUCUGUCGCAGCGGUUCCGGAACGCAAAGAUAGCGAACACGAUUGUACUGUGUGUAAGACGCGCCGUCGCAGUCUGGAGCGCCAGGCAGCGGGGGCGCUUCGCCGCUCACGAUCCCGGGACACCCCACGCUCCGUCGGCCACGGUACCAACAGCACCCACGACGUAGAUGUCUGCCUCAGCGAGCACGCCGAGAUGAGUCAAGACGACAACAGGCAGCAGGUGGGAGGUGGGGGAGGCAGAGGAUGGCGCUCUGAGAGUGAAAAAUACCGGAGACUGUCACGAUCGUGCGAGGCUUUGUCAGCGAGCAACAAAGGACCACGCUGGAAGAAAGAAGAUGCGGAUGAGAAAGUCACGAUCACAUGGGAGAGUCUGCCGUGCAGAAUUACAGCAAGGGAGACUGCGUUAAUUGGCAGAAGCACACUGGGCCAGGACUUGAAGCAAAGUGAAACACCAUCGAUUGGUAAACACGGACUGAUGCCCUGCUCACAAACAGUAGCAGUUGUCUGUAACACGAAGCAGCUGUCUGUGAAAGAGUCAAGAUAUGCACACGAUGGGGGUGGUCCAAGCUGGAUGUCACCCAAAGGUAAGACGAAGAGCGGACAAGGGAGGGUGCCUACAUCAUCAACGGGGAAACAGGUGCAAUUCGGAGGUGUGGAAUAUGAGAAGCCGAAAGAGGAAUCAGUCAUGGAUAAAUUGAGGAACGCCGUGAGCAGCAAUCGGAGGAAGCUGAGGUCAAGGUCACUGGAGAGGGUGGAUCGCCGAAAGGAAAGAUCAAAUGACUGGGACUCUUGGACUGGGAAAUCAAAACCAUGGGAUGACUCAAUAACCCGGCCCAGGAGAUUAUGCGGAAGGGAAAGGGACAGAACUGACGAGUCUGUUUUGGACAAUGAUCAGCAGCUGCUUAAGAACUAUAAGAGGAGGUCCAGGUCAAGAGAAUGCCAAGAUAGGAGGGAUGGGUCCCAAACCAAACAUGGAAGGGGGAAACUGUAUCACUGUGAUGACAACCAAAAUGUCAUCCUUACUCAGUUGACAUCAUGGCAAGAUGAUAGCGUCAUCAAGACCGGACCAGCAGCUGGCUGUGGUCAUGACCAGAUUUCGUCAGAUACUGUCACUUAUUCUGAUCCUGGAACGUCCGCUUUACAAUGUCAGGCAUUAACCAGGAACGAAGAUCCAAGAUCAGCUUCCGACGACGUCGACCGGAAUUACCACUCGCGACAGAAGGAAAAAACUGUAAUGCUGAUAUCUCCACAAUAUAAGGCCCCAAACGGACACUAUGGUAAUGCUGUUGUGCGCAAAUGCUGCGCGGAUAAGAAAAAUACCACUAGGAAAGAGCAAAAAAGUGCACAUGUAAAAGCUCAAACACUCGAAAAAACAUCCCCCAAAGUGCACACAACUUUCUCAUCUGAAGAAAAGAGGGACCAAAGGACAAGGCAGCACGGUAGAGACAGCGAGCGGAGAUCCUCUCUUCCAAAGCUGGACAAAUUCGGCAUAUCAGCAACAAAGAUAGCCAGGUUAGACACCCCACUGAAGUUGACGGCACCUGAUCCAAGUAUCCUCAAUAAAAUCGCUGAUGCACCAUUUGUCUCUGUCAUGGAAAUAAAAGAUGGCAAGGAUAACGCUAAACAGAACACAGAGUCAAUAUCGGCAGAUUUGUCAAGUACCAAAAGCCACAAAGACGGUGUCGAAUCAACCGUUGAAAGCGAGUGUAACUCUUCAGGUUAUGUGUACAACUGCACCACAGCAAAGAUAACUAGGAUUAGUCGGCCAGAAAACAGUGACAACUGGAAACAACAAACCCCGAACCUUAGCAUAUCGUUAAAUCACGCCGGCUGCAGAGUGUCAAAGGAGAAACCUACAUCAGGUGAAAAUGGAACAGACCACGGAGGUUGUUAUGGAGAGGUGAAAAAACUGGAGCCAGCAAAUAAUCUUGUGCGACAGGCAUCUGUGGCCUCCCUCUCUCUGAUCUCGGUCAACUCUGUUGACUCCGGCACCAGCUGCCAUGAGGGCAGCACAACAGACUCCUCAGCCUCGUCCUCUGACAAGGAGAUGGAGACGCAAGGCAAACCGAACCAGCCUGCCUCCCGAGCCGGCACUGCAAAACAGCGGCUGGGGCGGGAGGCUAGGCAGUACAGAGCAUCUGCCAAGGAGCUGGAGAAUCUGAUCUUGGCAAGCUGCUUUGGGGUGGAUAAGCACAUCUCGGGUCUGGUCACCAGUGACUAUGAAUCCGACACCGGACCCGAGAUGGUGAAAUACAGGACUUUGGAGGAUGGUAGGAGAAGGAAAGGUGGGGUGUCACGGGUUGUUCGCUUCGUUGGGAACAAGGAUGACAGUGACGUGACUAGAGAAAUGAAGAGGGCACAACAGCCCAAAGCAAAAGGUGAGAUGUCUGCCUCCAAGAAAUCAGCUGCCACCAUCAAGCAUCCUUUUCCAACCCCAUCCAUCGACAGCCACUUCCCGAGUCAGCUAACAGUCAGGGCUUGCGUCCUGAAUAGCCACAAGGCCAUGUCCCAUGCCGAGAUGUCUGUGCAGCCGGGGGACGUCGUGUACCUCAGGCCGGAAGAUUUCAAACAGCGACCCCUGUGGGUGAUGGCUUACUCCAGGGCCAGUGGAGAGCGGGGACUGAUUCCGUCAGUGUAUCUAGCCGAUCAGCUGGACACACUAACCUAGGGCCAGGGUAAUCCAAAACGCACUCCCCAAUUCUGUCUAAAACAGGCACAGAUUCUCAACCAAGCUCGACCACUAUGCCAAAGCUGCACAUUGCUUGAUCAAUUAAAAAUGUUUGGAAGGGGGGAGGGGAAACAGACGAUUAGGUGCGACGGUUAGGUGCACAGAUCCAUCCAAAGGGAAGGAAGCGGGUAAAGGAAGCAGGUAUUCAGUUGAAACUGUGAAGUGAGGUUAUCCACGAGAUUUUCAUGGUGCACCAUUUUUUUAUCUUGUUAUCACUUAGCAAACUGCAAGGUUUUCACCUCAACAGCUUUAAACCUGAACAAUUCUGACGUGUCCAACAGGUGGAUUAAGGACUGUUACAGGAGAGCAAUGACUGUGAUAGCACUGACCACAUUAAUCAACCCUGAUCAGAUAGAGAUAAGCAGUGACAUUUUCAAGACUCUGCUUCUUACUAGUCAAAAACCCCAUUUUGUUUUCAAUUCAGUUGAUAUUUUUCGGGGUUUAUAUUUCAGAAAUUUUUUCCCGAGUAAAUUUUGCUAAGGUAGCAAUUUUGAUAAUAUAAAUAGAAAGGUAACUCACUACAUAUUUGUGACAGCAACAGCUGAACUGUUUAUGAAAAGCCUGCUCAUUUCUCAGAUGUGACAAUGUACAGAAGCACGUGCAAAUUUUGGUAAAAGAACGGAGGAUACCAACAAGUAUUUGUAUUCAAUCUCCCUUUAAUGCACUGAAAACAAAAAGCAAUUUACGCAAGACAUCAAAGUUGUUAGGCAGUUAAAGGCGUAAAGCACAACAGUUUUAUACAUCAUCCUCUCCUCCCUGUAUUGUAACCAAACUGAACUGAGGACAUCCCAUCUGCCUCUUUUGGCUCACAAUGGACAAAUAUCCUAUGGAGAAAUAUACGCAUUCACAAAAUAACCACAGCAUCAACAAUGCUAAGGAGUUGGACUGGGUCAAAUUAAGUAAUUGGAUAGUCAAAUAACCGACACAGCCCUACAAAGGAUUUUAAGUCACAGGAUCUGUGACAGUCAGCAUUCAAUUUACACAGAUUUGUGGGAAAAUGUGCGCACCUGUGAAGUCUCUCAACAGUCUGGCAUACGUGAAGCGAGUAACAGAAAUACGAAGAUUAAAAAAUGCACACGCCUCCACGGACAUGGUACACUUCCUGAAAUGCCUUUGGCUGUCAUGUUAUGUCAGGUCAAAAACCUCUUUUUGUAGAUUCACUACACAGGGAUUUCUCUGUACAACAUAUCAAAUGAUUCCAAUGUUCCUGACGUUGGUAUUUCUUCAGAGGAGGAUAUGACAGACACCUAAUCGCUGUGAUCAUAAGAUUUCUUGCCAUCUUUCCGAAUGUACUGGUGUUGUAAUUGUGCGUUAAGUAUAUGCUAUCGUGUACAAAAUUAUCAUCAAUGUAGAAUAUUAAAAGUGCAAACUUAACUUCCAGUUCAAUUUGUAAUAAAUUGUGAAUUAAACAUCAAUUUUGUUUUCCCUGGAAGAUUAACUUAACAUUUAAAGAAAACUUUUGAACUCAGAAAAGUGAAAUUAUAGUGGAUGACUUUCUCAUUUUCAAACAUUAUGCCAACACUUCCCAGUUCAGUGAUCCAGAAAAUAAAUAUUGCGUGAACUUGGUUGGUUUACAAACCAACAAAAGGUCUGCAUAGAUUAAAACAAUCCACUAGAGAUAAACGAUACUGUUUAAAUUGUUUAUAAAGUUACCACCCUGUGAAGUGAUUUGGAAUCAAGCUAUGACUUUGCUGAAGUUUCAUAAUAAUGCCACAUUCCUGUUGUAGAUGCAAAUUCAAUAAACCGAAAAGUCACUUGCAA